AGUAGAGGAGACAGUUACAGAAGGCAAAAAGCGAGGGAUCUGAAGUAUUUACAAUAUGGAAAACCACUGAGGAAGGCAUAUUCUGUCCGUAAAACUGGUUUUCAAAGGAAGUGGGGAGACUCGGAUGAUAGUGGCAUAGCGUAGGAGUAUAAUUUUCUCCAAUGUACAGAGAUCGGGAAAUCGUCCGGUUUUUGGAGGCCUGCUCGAGGAACCCAAAUAGACUCAGUUGUGUCUUGAGUGCCAAACCAGUAAGGUCAUAUCUAGGUUCUUCUUCUUAUCCAAGUUAGUGGGCUAGUAGAGAUCUUAUAUAUCUGCUAAAGAAAAAGUUUCGAUUAGAAAAGAGUAAUAGUUAUUUACUAAAUCAAGAGAAUAGAAAAGGAAGUACGAAGAAAAGAGCUGUUGAUCAAUACACUUCAAGUGAAACAUUUUGAUAAGAUCACCAUCGGCUAAUAACAAACAUCCGACAAUGGCCGCGGCGGAGAAUAAAUCAUCAAACAAAGAGGAAAUGGAUAAAUUGUACUGGUCCCUUGUGAUGGCACUCCGAAACGACAAUCGAGAACUGGCUCAUUCGCUACUGAAAGAAGGCGCUCCGGUCAACAACGACCGCCGGGGACCCUACCCUUCUCCGCUUUACUACGCGAUAACUCUUGGCAACAUUGAAAUGGUAAGAAUGCUGUUAGAAAGAAAAGCUGAUAUUUACUUUAUAAAUGAGUAUGACGAUCAGCCAUUUAAUGCAGCGCUGAAACAAAAUACUAUACCGAUUCUUAAACUUUUUGGAGAGUUUGCCGUUAAUUGUACAUAUAUAACAAGUAAAGAUUUUAUACGGCUGCUUCAUUUCAUGAUGAAAAAAAAAACUAUGCGAAGCAGCGCUGAAAAUUUAAUGGCCAAUCGUCCGGCUCAUAUUGAUUUCGAUCAGGUUCCCCGUAUUGAGAGAACUUUUCACGCAGCUUGCAUCUACGGGUACUUAAGUUUCGUCAGAAUAUUUUUGGACAGCGGCGUCAAUAUCAAUGCAGUGGGAAAAUUUAAAAGUACUAAGGCAUGGAAAACUGCUUUAGGUCUUGCAUGUGAGUAUGGCCAUCAUGAAAUAGUCGAAUUUCUGCUGGACAAAGGCGCUGAGCUAGACGUUGAAGGCACGAGCAUUCCUUUACACUUGGCCUGUAGGUCAGGCAAUCAGGAUAUAGUAGAACUGCUGGUCCAAAAAGGCGUUGAUGUCAACAUAAAAGAUGCCAAUGGACGGGCGGCUGUCGACAUCGCAGCUGAAAAUGGUCGCGUUGACGUUGUGGUCUAUCUGUUGAAAUUCGAAAAUCUCGAGCUGAAGUUCGACCAGAUUAAGUCGAUAAUCGCCGACUCUACAGGAAAAAAUAAACCGAUGAUAAUAGAAAGCAUUUUCUCGUAUCUAGAAAAAUUGAGCUGGGAAAAUUGUUUGAAGAACGGAAUAGACGGUAGCGUAAUUGAAAAUUUAAUGAAGCUGCCGUUAAUUUACAAAGCCGCUGGUUUCGGUCACGUCGACUGUAUAUCGAUUUUGGUUAAAUUUGGGUUCGAUAUAAAUUACAAAAAUCGUGAAGGCAAAACUCCAUUGCAUCAGGCUUCUGCAGAUUGCAAUCAUAAGUUUAUACUCAGGCUCUUGCAAUAUGGCGGAGAUAUUUCUGUAACUUGCGAUCAGGGAAAAACGCCAUUCGAUUACGUGGUUAAGAAAAAACCAGAGGGAACUAUGAACCGUAGAAUAUUUUACAGACUUGUCCAAGACAACGAGUCUCGUCUUAUUAAAUAUGAUAUCAAUAUUGUCACUACUUUUGCGCAAUAUUUCAUCAAAAUGAAGUUAUUGAAGCUCGAUGUCAAUGAAAAUAACUAUAGAGACGCUAUAGAAAAUUCUAAAACACCAUUAAAAAAGAUAAAGAAAUAUGAGCAAGAAGUUGAAAGAAUGAAAAAUAAGUUCAUAAAUAAUGUGAGUUUUUACGACAUCGCCAGAGCUAUGCCCAAUCAAAUGAUCUUGUACUUAGAACGUGAUGCUGUUUUUGAGACACUCAAGUCUGAAAAGUACAGGUCUGAAUUUCCCGAGUACGCUGAUGUUAUCAAGGGUAACUUUGAAAGAGGUCAUGUAAGAAGGAGGUUGUUGGAUGAAGCUGACAAGUUGGCCAUUUUUGACGACAUUCGGUCACUUCCUUAUUAUUGCAUGAAGAAAAUUCUUAAACAUUUCACUAAUGUUGAUUUGCAAGUGUUGAUUUAUAGACACAAGUGGUGCAGAAAUUGUAAGCAUGACAAAGCUGUUGACGUUGAUAAGAGUUUUAAAAAUUAUGCUACGGUGCAUCGUCACAAUAGAUUGAAAUGAUAGUUUAUAUAUUUUAUGUAAACGAUAUUAUGUAUUUUUUUAGCAUGUCUGUGACAAAGUUAACGAUUUUAAACUCGCAAUGUUCGAUACUAUUAAAAUAAUAGAAUAUUUUGUUAAUAUUCUAGUGUUUUUUUUAAUAAAAAAUUUUUUUAUUGAUAAUUUCAUAUUUUUUUUAUUAAAUAUUGAGACAAUAUGAAUUAUCAUCUUCAUCCUCAGCCUUGCGGUUCCCAUUUUUCCCCGUCUCGUUGCCGUCUGAAACUAUACGAGUCAUAGUGCAGUGAUCACAUGACUAAUUAUCACGUCGACGGAUGUCUGUAAGGGUGAAGUGGGGCAGUCCCGAGGCUAGUCCUACGCCCUAAAUUAUCGGUCAAUCACUCCGAUCCUGGAUCAAUUAGCAAUAAGACGUAUAAUUUAGUACUACUGUCAUAUACUAGCAAUUCACUUGCGAUUUUGUUAAUACAGACAAUUACUUCAUAAAUCGGGAAAUUAACUUUCGUUAUGGUUGUAUUACCAGCAAUUCUCUUGCGAUCAUACUUUACUGUC